GAUUCAAACAUUUUUAAAACUUUUUUUUAAUCGAACAUAAUAUUUGGCGCGAGCUAUGGCACGGAACUAAUCAAGAUAGACACUCUUGCAACAUUCCCCAAAACUAAUGUGAGGGAUAUCUUGCAGUUAUGCCUACAAUAAGUUCAAUGUCAAACAAAAUUAUAACCAUAUUACUCUUAAAAAUUUAUAAUCUCUUUACAGGGCCAUUGCUUUCUGAAUAAUAAAUGAAAUCACGCAUAUGCACAUAAAUAUAACAACAACAGCAGUACGAGUAAUUUAUCGCAAAAAGUAGAAAAACUUGUAUUUGCUUAACAAUCUAACAAGUGUUUCUUUUUCAUACUUUGUGCCCCUUCCACCGACAAAGCCACUCUCAGUACGACCUAAAUUCUGCGGUAUUUUCUGAUACACAUUCAAGCGUAAUCGAAUUGUGAUUUUUAGUUGUGAUUUUCUUCUAUCGGUGUUCGGACAAAGUGGCUAACUCUGUAAAACAGUGUAUCAAUAUGAUUGGUCGUGUAUUGGUUUACGGUGGUAAAGGUGCUUUGGGCGCUGCCUGUGUUUCACAAUUCAAAUCAAAUAACUACUGGGUGGGAAGUAUCGAUCUCAGUGUUAAUGAGGAAGCUGAUGCCAGCAUCGUAUUGCCUCGGGAUUUGGGUUGGGAAGAACAAGAGGUUGAAGUUCUAACGAGAGUUGGUGAAGCAUUGGGUGGAGAAAAAUUAGAUGCCAUAAUUUGUGUAGCAGGUGGUUGGGCGGGUGGUAACGCUUCUAAGGAUUUGUCUAAAAAUGCUGAUCUAAUGUGGCGUCAAAGUGUGUGGACAUCUAGUAUAUCAGCUGCUGUGGCAGCGAAACAUUUAAAGGAUGGUGGGAUGUUAACAUUAACUGGUGCUCAACCAGCUUUGCAAGGCACCCCUGGCAUGAUUGGCUAUGGUAUGGCUAAAGCAGCUGUACAUCAGCUAACUCGGUCUUUAGGUGGCAAAAAUUCUGGUUUGCCUACAAACUCCGUGGCUGUUGCAAUAUUGCCAGUAACUUUGGAUACUCCAAUGAAUCGCAAAUGGAUGCCGAAAGCAGAUUUUGGCACAUGGACUCCAUUAAUUGAAGUUGCUGGUAUCUUCCUCAAAUGGACCCAAGGCCAGGAGCGUCCAAAUUCCGGAGCUUUAUUGCAGCUUAUAACCAAGGAUGGUCUUACACAAUUGGUUGAGGCGAACUGAAGUCCGGCAUUUAUUAUAGGAAGAAAAAAAUUCCGACUCCACAGCGUUAGGGAAACAUUUUGAAUGGAUGGAUAUUUAUAUUUAAUAAAAAAAUUGUUGUAGAUAAAAAUAA